UGUUGCUCUCCAAAAAUGGCCGCCUCCAUGACCGCAAAAACAUUCACUUGUAAAUUUCUACAAAAUUUUGGACUAGUCCAUUAAAGUAUAUGACAAACUAAGACACAAGCAUGGAGCCUGACAUGAUUGUAGAAAGUACUGAGGAACGAAUGAAACUUAUCAGAGAGUGUAUAAGUUACAAAGAUCCUAUUGGAGUAAAGAAAUUGAUUCUAGAAGACAAAUUUAAUGAGGAAUCUGAGCACUGGGAACUUAUCUCGAUUCUUGGAGAAUGCAUAAAUAAAGAAAAUUUUGAUGCUUGUCCUUGCUUUGUUUCUGUUUGUGAGAGAUGUAUGAAGUAUGUGCUGAACGUAGGAAAACCAAAAGAACUUUUGUUGGCCUUGUUAGAGCAGGCAGAUGGUUUUGAUGAUUCUGUGAAGUUUUCAACUUUCCUAGGUUUAAUAGAGAUGGUUAUUUCGAAACUUGACUCAAAUCAGUUUUAUUCGUUAGAACUUGCUCUAGAAACAUUGUCGGACUGUGUUAGUAGAUUAGAGUUACCUAAGAUCCUUGACCUUGAAGGGGAAGAGAGAAGGGCCCCUGACCUUGACCCAUUUGUUGAUAAAAUCAAUACAGAUGUAACAGAAUAUCUGAAUUUCUUGUCAAAAUUUGUACAUCAGCUGACAAGUUCUAAAGAUAAAGAAAGUGUAGUACAUAGAAAGAAAAAAGUACUAAUGAAAUAUUUACUGAGAGUUUUGGAACAUCCCCUUGUGUACUUAGAUUUGCAAGCAAAAGAAGUAAAUGGACGCACAGUUAAGUCUGGUUCUGUACUCUGUAUGGAACAUUUGAUGGUUCAGUUGACAUCACUGCAACCAAGAAUCACUGACCUCAUAAACGAUUGUUUAAAACACAAUGAAAGAUUAAGUAAGAGAAAGAGAAUCAGACUUGAUACCGAUGAAGAUGCGUGUUCCGAAAGUUUUGAUGAAGAACCGGUUUCCAUGUUAGCAAUGAGUUGUUUGUCAUACCUUAUGUUUGUAGAAGGGUAUGGGCAGCAUGAAAUGCCAUGUCUUGUAACAAAGCAGGGCAUAAUGGAAAGUAAUCUGCAAUUUGUGUUUACGUUGAUGAAGAAGGAAGAGAGUGAAAUUCGUUUAAAAGGUGUGCAGUUGUUUCAGAGUCUGCUACAGAGUCUGAACGAAGGAACUGUACUCGCAUAUGAAGAUCUUGACAGACCCGAGUAUUUCCAAAUUUUGGAUGCUUUAUUUGACAUAAUGAUACGUUGCCCAGUCAAAGAUAUCAGACAGCAGUGUGUGCAGAUUGUACCAGGCUAUAUACAAUUGUUUGGCCCUGAAGCUAGGUACCAGACCUUCCUCAAAUUGUUUGGUACCCUGAAACAUGCUGGCUCGUUUGGAUAUUGUGUUCAACUUUUCAAAAAUCAGAUGGAAGAAGUAAUAGCUGAUCCCUGGACUGGUUCAAAAACUGCGCACAUCUUUUGUGGUAUUAAUCUGAAGAGAUUAUUUUUAUUGAUGACCAGUCUACCAGAGGGACCAGCCACUGACUUAGUUGAAAGUUCAGACAGAAUUAUUGCUGUAUUGAACUUCAUAAGAUAUCUUGUUCUGAAAGAUCCCCCACAAACAAACAUGACUGGUUUCUGGGAUUUUUAUCCACACUUAGAGAAAGAAUUUAUGAAGCCAUUACAGCUUGGUCUAGAUAUGUCAAAGGGUCAUUACAGGUUAGAAAUUACUGGUCUGGAAGAAGGGAACCAGUCAAAAGAAAGUAAUGAGGAACAGGUUGAAAUGAGUGUCAGUGUGGCCGGGUUCAGGAUGCCAAGGAUGGCACGUGGACAGAAGAUUGCCAUCAUGAAUAUGGCAUUGAAUACGCUUGACUUGAUCACAAGCUUACUGGUCAGAGUGAAUGAACUUGUAGAGCAACAAAAGAAAACAGCUGACAAAUAAAUUCUUACGUUGUGUUUUGAAAAGACAUGCCACAUCCACGCGAUGAUACGAAAUUGGUUAUCUUAUGUUUUCUAUGGAUGAUGAAAAGAAACUUUUAUGUAUAUGUGAUUUAUGAUAUCUGCAUUGAAAUGGGUAAUUGUGCACUGCUGUGUUAAAUGGUAGCUUAUUUAUGUUGCAUUUCUUGUUGUUUAAAAAAAUUACGAAGUAAUUGCAAUUCUAUCAAUAUGAUACUGUAAUUCAUAGAGAUAAGUGUUUGAGAGAAAAAUAAGUUUACUGUCACUUUAAAGCAUAUCAGAAAUUUAUUUUUACUCAUGACAUUCAUAAUAUUAUAUUAUGAUGUGGACAGUCUUAAGGUCAGCAAUACAUAUUAGGUGCGGAAUGAUGUAUACAACAUUCUCCAAAAGUCACAAUAACACAAAUGACAUUUUGAUCAUUUGCAAUUUAUAAUGCAUUAUUGCAAGAAUUUGCAGGAUGUUAACCCUUAGCUUGCUGGCGGCGAGUGAUUCUGCCUUUGCGACCAGUGCAGACCAAGAUCAGCCUGCACAUCCGUGCAGUCUGAUCAUGGUCUGCACUGUUCGCUAUUCAGUCAGUAAAUUUUUAGUAAACACCCCUUCAAAUGAUUAAUGGUACUGCCCAAAUUGUAAGAUGGACCAGUCCAUAAUAGAAAUUUAGCAUGGUAAGGGUUAAAAGAUUUUCAGUGAAAUAAAAUAUCAACAACACUA